UGCAAGGGGGCUACGGAGAUGUUUAUCGAGGGACCUACACAAACACCACGACGCCAGUUUGUGUGAAGGUCUUCAGACAUGUGGAUUUCUCGUGUAUUGAAAACGAUUCCAUCUCGGUAUGUUGCACGUCACAAAUUAUUGAUCACUGAUUUAGUACAAGCAAAGCGAUUGAUUCAUGAGAUUCAAGUUUGGAGCCCGUUAGAUCACCAGAACGUUGUCCGAUUCUACGGAUGGAUCCUCUAUGAGUCGAAGAAUACAGAACGCCCGACUCCGAGCCUGGUAUCAAGCUGGUGCGAAGGUGGAAACAUAUUAACUUUCCUUGGUGUACGGCGCCCCACUGGAGAUAAGCGUUUGCUUUUGAUUCAGGGGAUUGCGAAAGGUCUCGACUACUUGCAUUCACAGUCCGUAGUGCAUGGUGACAUCAAACCAGACAACGUUGUAGUCGACGGAAACGAUGUCCCACGACUGUGUGAUUUUGGAACAUCCUCCACCAACCAACCUAAUCGCCGCAUACUUAGGCAGACACACACGAUGACAUUGCGGUAUGCGGCCCCAGAAUUGUUGAUGGAUGAAUACCCCUUUCGCUGUGCAGCCAGCGAUGUUUGGGCCUUCGGGUGUACGGCUAUGCAGAUCCUCCGUGGAGAGCAGCCAUACCACUUUGUUCGGAAUACUGGGGCUGUAAUUCGUGCUGUGGAAGUUAAACGACCGCCCUUCGAACCGAGGUCCUCAACUCCUAUGGAGGAAAUUCUUAGCGGCUGCCUUGAUUACGAUCCUCACCGUCGUCCUGAUAUCAAGACUCUUCUCGACAAAUUUGGAAUCCCGUCCGAGGAAACACUUACACCGUUCCCGGAGCUGGUAAAAUUAUUGUUACGGGAACCUACAGGGUAUUGGGCGAAUGAAAAGGACUACAGGAGCGACGGCGAUGACGACAAGGAUGAAAUAGUACGUACAAGUCCUCAUUCGGUAUUACGUCGUGGAUGCAAGAACCGAAUGGAUGUGCGAAUAAAAACCUUGCGAAAGCUCCCCAUAACAGCUGAAUGGGAGCGCAGAGACUUUGUGCGUGUACGUUGGUCUGCCCAGCUUCCUAAGAAGUACGCUUGAAUGCUCCCGAAGCGCUUCUUCGCCCAGGGAAAGAACUGGAACAACUUCGCCAGGACUAAUCUAGCGCCAAUGCAAGGAUGGAUGAUGAGAUUAGAUGAUGAUGGGAACCUCAACGUUGGUCUGGUUUCUCCUUGGUAUCCGAGAGGGAAUGU